AUGGCUUGGAUCACUCUCGGCACCUGCGCCAUGCUGCCGCCACACCACCACGCACGCGCUUUCAACUACGUAGUGUCGGUGGUGGGAAGCACCGAGACAUACAUGACGCUGGAGAACGGCGCUCGCGUCUUCAGGACGAACUCAGAAGACGCCGGCACACAAAAAGUUGCCAAUGGACUGUUCGACUUCCUUCCAAGUGCUGUUGCCGCAGCGUUCGGCGAUAACCCCCUUUCUGCCCAGUCUGCGGAACUUCGCCGCGAUAUCCCCGCAGUUGGAACUGGUGCCUCGCUUGGCAAUGCGGAAUGCCUUCAGCGCUGCGAAGUCAGCGGUUACAAGAAGAUUGAUCCGUCGUUGGAAAAGCUUGAGGGGCGGCCUGUCAAAGUCUCCGAAAGCUCGCAGUACAAACACUUCUGGGGUAUCGUUUUUGGAGGUUAG